AUCGGUGCUUUUAUCUCUUCUCUGCAGGUGUUGGGCUUUGAUGCUGUAAAUAAACUGGAGAGUUUCCUGUCUCCUGUAACAGCGAGUGUGAUUGGAGGGUGUUGGACCUCUUUCUCUCUCAUUAAGGGGUGUGAGAGGAUGCCUGUACUUCUGUAUCAUCAGUGCGGAGAAGCUUUACUGGAUGUUGAAUUAAUCAAGCAGAGAGAGAUGGAGAGAUGCCUGACACUCAUUUUACUGACUACAGUUGUAAAACUCAUCACAGCUGACGGUGUGAAUGUGAGGUUGGUUGGUGGUCACAGUCGCUGUGCUGGUAGAGUGGAGGUUCUUCAUAGAGGUCAGUGGGGAACAGUGUGUGGUGAUGACUGGGAUUUGGCUGCUGCUUCAGUGGUGUGUAGAGAGCUGGACUGUGGAGAACCUGUAGAUGCUCUGAGUGAUGCUCAUUUUGGACCAGGAUCAGGACCAAUCUGGAUGAGUUUUGUCAUGUGUACUGGAUCAGAGUCCACACUGAAAAACUGUGGGACAGGAGGAUUGGGUAUAAGCAACUGUGAUCAUACUAAAGAUGCUGGAGUCAUCUGCUCAGGUAAAAAGUCAGGCUGGUUGGAGGUUCUCGCUGCUCUGGGAGGUUAG